GUAAUCUUACGCGCAAUGGGGAUUUUUUCCGGGCUUUUCCGGCAAAAACGAAGACCUACGAAGAAGUUCAAGAGGGAUCUCUCGUAUGCAGUGCUGCUCCUUUGCCUCAUCAAGAUGAAGAAUUGGUGCAGUGGUGAGGCUGGAGCACCCCUGGCUUUUGCCGUAUGGGUUGACUUCAGCAGUGAGUCACCCACCUUCAAUUUCACAGGGCCAAAGUAUCUUGAGGCCUUUUGGACCAAUGACAGGAAGGCUGAGCUGCUGAACAUGUACACUAAUAGGGGUGUGUCAAGUGAUGCUUUGGGGGGUGAGAGGCCAUACGUUGACCCUGAUAUCAGUGGCACACAUUGCCGGAUGGCAAUUGGCCGUCUGAUAAAAGAACAUGCACUGAGUCAAGGUUUGUCUCGGCCUGAAUAUCUGCCACAACACAGGCCGCCUUGGUGGCCUGAGGAGUUGCCCUUUGCCUCAGUCAGUGACGGAAAAGGUGAAGGGCGUAAAGCUUUCACUGCUGAAAAGCUGAGGAAGGUGGUACGCUCAUACAAUGCGUAUUACAAUCUCCAGCUGCAGCAGUCUGUUGAGGCACCACCAUCACCCCCAUCACCAGCAACACCAGCAGCAGCAACACCUGCUGCGCCUCUCACCCCCCUCAACCCCCACCCCACCCCAUGAGGUAAGGACGCUGGGGCACAGCGCCUCUCACCCCCCCACCAGCCACCCCUCUCCCCCAUGAGGCAAGGACGCCCGGGCACAGCGCCCCUCACCCCCCCCCACAACCCACCCCCAUGAGGCAAGGACGCUGGGCACCAGCAGCAGCCUCACUACCAGCAGCAGCAUCACCACUACCAGCCUUUAAUGCAGAUUUCAAUCUCCAGUCAGAGAAUGUGCAGCAGUUUGUUGAGGCACCACCAGCAACAGUAGCAGUACCAGCUGCAGCUGUGUCAGUGGCAGGAGCAGCACCAUCAGCACCACAAACACCACAAACACCACCAGCAGCAGCGGCAGAUUAUAAAGAAGGAUCACAAUGAAUAUUAUGUCAUUUCCUUUAAUGUGUCAACAUCUUUUGGAAAAGUAAAGCAUCUAUCAUC